UGACCUUCUGCGGGCGUCGCGACUCGACCGCGCCAUGUUGCAGCGGCUGUGCGUGGAGGAGGUACCGAUAGAGCCCCUGCAGUGCUACGUACUGCCAAGCAUGAAGACCGCAAUUGUCAUAGCAGUGUCCUUCAAAGUUUGCCCCGAUUGUCCGUAUGGAAGCUUCCGUGGGCUGAAGAAGUUCUGGAAAAACACCUACGGCUACCACAUCCCGGAGGAGACUGAGGGAACCAUGAUCUAUGUGAAGGUGCGGUUCCCAGAGCCCCGCGAGCGCUGCUACGUGUACCCUAUCCUGUGCGUGCGUCCCACGAAGCCACAGCCCUUGGCAUGCCGCAACCCCUACGACAUCAUAAGCGAGUUUCUGCAAUGCGUCGAGCUCAAGAUGAGCCAUGUGUGCGGCCAGAAGUUCCAAUUGGUGUCGCACCAUCCGGCGUUCCCCACCUCGGAGCUGCGCUGGACGGCCAAGGACGCUCAGACUAAAAUCGAGAAAGUCAGCUGUACACCAAAGCCAAGGUCUGCACAAGUCCCCUACAGACCAGCAGUAUCCCUUAAGGCAAAGCCAGUGCCAGCCUCCUUCGGUGACUUGGAAAUAGUGCCAAAGAGUGAUAAGAAGGUUGAUCAGACGGAACAGAGCAGUCACUGUAGUUCGACCAAGAUGAAACCAUGGUUUGCACCAAAGCAAAGCCGCAAUCACGACAGUCGCAUCGGCGCUGGCACCAGCGCAGGACAACAAGAUGCCCCUGAUUGCAGCCGUGAGCAAUUUGGCAACACAUUAGCGAGCACCCAAGCGUACCGGAGCUCUACGUCAACCGCGUUCCAAUAUGUAGUAGAAUGGCUGAAUUCUAUCGAGUCGCCCGUGGAACAGAAAGCAAAUAACGAAAUAACUGCGAUGACAAAGGUGUCACAUGGUGAACCCAGGGCUCCCCGAGCUACAUGUACAGACACGACGAGCUACAAGACCCAAACGGUAGCCUCUCCAGCCACCGCAAGGUCACAGCAGACUCUGCAAGGACAGCAGCCAUGCAGCAGCCAAGCUGGCCAAGAGGAAAAGACAAGCUUUGCAUGUGUUGCCAACACUGCUAACACAGACGAGGAUCCAACAGCCCGAGAGACUGCUUCGCAGCCCUUGGAAUCAGCGCCAAAGGAAACUGAUGACCUCCCGACAUUCUCUAGCACACAGGUGGAGGGACGCAAAGCAUCCCAAAGCAAGGCAAGCACUCGUAAGCAUUGGACAAUUCCAGAAGUCGACAGCCUGAUCAAAGAUAAGAAGUUUGACAGGCUCAGCAAGGUGAACUCAGCUGUGCUGCUUGCUUGGUUGUGCCACAGCAACAUUCCUUGUAACGUCAAGACCAAGAAGAGCGACAUCCUCUCCAAGAUAAUUCAGCAUGCUACAAAAGGCUGA